UUCGAUCGUCAAUCUUGUACAUUCGAUCAGAGAUCAACAGAGCAACGAGGCAGCACAGCACUUGAUCCGCAUUUAGUCUUUAGUUUUGCUUCUCUUACGUUGCGUGUUGCGUGUCGCGGGUGCAUCUCCUAACAAUCGCACAUAAUACUGCAAUUUACUUCGCUUACGGAACUCGAUAAUCAAGUGUUACUAGUGUUUCAGGAUAUAUUCGACCGCUUUCUACUGCAAAAAUGGAUAAUUCACUCACAGUUAACCCUGUGUACACGUCUAUUUGCACCACACUCUUUUUGUUACAAUAUGUGCAGCACAUAAUGGGCAAACAGCUCGCCCACGCCUCGCACCAUAACGCAGCAGCUAUCCAACACUGCUCAGCUAUUGAUGUGAAGGAUAAAAUUGUGGAGCUGCAAUGUAAUGCCAAGUGUGCGGUCGAUAGUGUGAGAACUACCAUGGAAGAUCCGCUAAUCUGUUUUCAACAGUGCCAAGCGUCUAUUUAUCGUGAACCACGACGUGGUUUCUGUCCGAGCAAGCGAAAUUUUACACUACCCGAACGCUCGCCAUUACUGCAGCUUACGUGCCUCGACAACUGCGUGUACGACUCGGAUUGUCCUUUUGUGCAGAAGUGUUGCGACAUUGGUUGCGGACCAGUCUGUGUCGAAGCGUUCGACGUGCGGGAGGAUGCGUUGUUGCCACCAAUACCGAAAAUCAUAAAUUCCAAAAUGGGGCGCGGAAACAAGGUGGAAAUCAGAAUUGAGUCUUCGGCCAAUUCUACCUACUACUGUCAUGUGGAAGUGCGGUAUCACUUCGGUAUGUCGUACGCUGAGCGAAAGCUUAGCCCGUGGCAAUGUCAGCUGGUGGAGAAAAUUGCCGAAAUUUCGGAUGCACGCAGUAAAAGAAUUGAUAUCUCCUUUAAUCUUAAACCUGGUUACUGGUACCAAGCGCGUGUAGCGGCAAUUAAUGCAUAUGGUUUCCGUGGCUAUUCUAAACCCUCCAAAGUAUUUCGCUUAACACACAAUCCCAAGCCUCCCAAGUCUCCUGCUGAUGUGCAAGUGGUUUCCGCCCUUUUUAAUGGUCACCACUUUAAAGUGAAAAUUGCUUGGUGCCCAUCGAAGUCGAAUUCGCCAAUUGAAAAGUAUAAAGUCAUAUGGUCGCUCUAUGUGAGAAAUAACGAUGAAUCAGUUAUAACGAAUGAAACAUACGUCAAAGAUACGCACUAUUUCGAAAUAAAGGAACUUUUGCCAGAGUCCAGCUACUACAUUCAAGUCCAAUCCAUAUCCAUCAAUGGCAGUCGUCGUUUAAAGUCAGACAAGUGCUCGAUACUGUAUAACACCACCCAACCGGCGGAGCCCUACAAACCACUCAAGUGUUCGCAUCACGGCCAUGAACAAGAACAAACUAUUGACACCAGCUUUGGAAAUCACCUAUCACGACCGCUUGAAAGAGUGCCCAAGCCAACUACUGCAUUAGCAGCAUCAACAGCUCAAGGGUAUGAAGUAAAUUAUCGGUUUAGUCGCAAGUUUGGCAUGAUUGUACAAAUAACGGGAUUUCUACCGCAUAAAGAGAAGGUUUACGAAUUAUGUCCAAAAGAAAGAAACUGCGAGCAGCGCGAAUACAGCGCCAUAAGGGUGAAGCAAGACGCAGUGGAAUUUAAUAGACUAAAAUUUGAUACCACUUAUGUGCUUAAAGCUUACAGAGCUAACUCUCUCGGCGAGUCAGCAAGAGCAUUGAAUGGUUCUUUCUCUUUUACGACACCGAAAUGUGAGACCUUCAAAAAUCGCUUUCCAAAAGUGCCUUUAAAAUGUUAAACGAAACGUGUUCAAAUAUGUACAAUAAUUUUUAUUAAGUUUAUUAUAAGUUUUUUAUAUUACGAAUUUACUAUAAAUUAAUUGAUCAAGAUUAUUUGGCCUUGAAAAAGGAAUCUGCGUUCAAUAUGUUCUAAGUAGUACUCAUAAAAAUAAGCUGCUAAUUUCUGCAUAUUUCAAAGAAAACACAAAAGUUUUUUUACUAA